AAUAGUAAAGAAAGCUGCCAUGCCUCGGUGAGUUGUGUGGCUUGAUCAAACUUGCAGCAUGCUCCGCCCCCUCCGUUCUUCUACGUGUUGGGACUUGGUGUCUUUAACUUACAAGCAUCCCGGAGAGAGGAGGGGGAAAAAAGUGAAGCCCUUCAGCCCUUUUUUUUUUGGGUCGUUCGGUAAAAUUAAGCAGCCUCACAGCUACCGUGGGUCUGUCAGCGUUUUUCAAGACGUCAAUCGGACGUCAGUCUGUUUUUUUUCGUUCGCCGUGUGGAUGAAGUUGCGCGUGGAAAGCGAAUGAUCUUUGAAGCAGGAGCUGCUUAGAUCUUACGAGGGAGUUGUCGGAUAUCUGAUAAGGUUUCUGCUCUACUUUUUUCCCCCCGGUUCAACGCACGGAUUACAGAAAGGUUUUUGUCUACGUCGCAAACUCAAUCGAGUUUCCCCCAAGAUCCCUCUGUUGGGAAUGUUCGGUUGUUGUUGAGCAGUUCAAAGAGAGAGAAGGAACCUUGGUGUAAGAAUGGCGCUGAAGGCCAGGGUGUUGUACGACUUCCAUUCGGAGAACCCAGGGGAGAUCUCCAUUAGCGAGAACGAGCUGGUGAGUCUGUUCAGUGAGGAGGAGCUGGAGGGUUGGUUGGAGGGCAAGAACAGCAGAGGGGACGUCGGCCUCAUCCCAGCCUCCUACGUGGAGAUCAUCAAGGAUCGCAUCAGCUCCAACAACAACAACGGGUUCUCCUCCCCCAAAGUUGGGACCCCCACCCAUGCCUCCUAUUCCCAGCGAGGACCUGAGGCGGGGAGUGUUGGCAGCGGUGGGGGCAGCUUCCACACCAGCCAGGGCAGCGAUGACGACUGGGACGACGACUGGGAUGACAGUUCCCCGGCCACCGAGGCCCCGAGGAGUCUGGGCACCUCACCCGCUUCCUUGUACCCGGUGACCACCACCCUGCCGGCCAGGCGCAGUAGCUCCCUGCAACCUCAAGCCAAGAGUUCAGCCACGGUGGGGAGGAACCUGAACCGGUUCUCCACUUUCGUCAAGUCUGGAGGAGAGGCCUUCCUUCUCGGGGAGGCGGCUGCUUUUGUCAAAGAUGGGGACAGGAUCUGUGUGGUGAUGGGCAAGCAUGGACCUGAAUGGCAGGAUGAUCCGUACCCCUUUACGUGCACCAUUGAUGACCCAACCAAGCAGACUAAGUUCAAAGGCAUGAAGAGCUACAUGUCCUAUGGCUUGACACCAACUCACACCAAUGUUCAAGUCAACCGCAGGUACAAACACUUCGACUGGCUGUACGCUCGGCUGGUGGAGCGUUUCCCGGUCAUCUCGGUGCCACACCUGCCGGAGAAGCAGGCCACCGGCCGCUUUGAGGAAGACUUCAUCUCCAAGCGAAGGAAAGGCCUUAUUUGGUGGAUGAACCACAUGACCAGCCACCCUGUGCUGGCCCGCUGCGACGUCUUCCAGCAUUUCCUCACGUGCGGGACAGACGAAAAGGCCUGGAAACAGGGCAAGAGGAAGGCAGAGAGGGAUGAGCUGGUCGGGGCUAAUUUCUUCCUCACAAUCAGCACGCCCACCGUUCCGCUCGAUCUUCAGGAAGUGGAGAGCAAGAUCGAAGGCUUCAAAUCCUUCACCAAAAGGAUGGACGAGAACAUUGUGGUCGUCAACACCACCAUCAAUGACUUUGCGCGCAAGCAGAUGUCAGGAUUCAAGAAGGAAUACCACAAGGUCGGACAAUCCUUCAAACUUCUCGCGCAGGCGUUUGAGCUGGACCAGCAGGCCUACUCGGGUGGUCUGAAUAAAGCCAUCUCUUAUACCGGUGACGCCUACGAGGCCAUAGGGGAUUAUUUUGCAGAUCAGCCACGCCAGGACCUGGACCCCAUUUCCGAUCUGCUGGAUCUCUACAGAGGACACCUGGCCAACUUUCCUGACAUCAUCCAUGUGCAGAAAGGUGCGCUGACCAAAGUGAAGGACUGUCCUGCGCAGGAGGGCGAGCUCCACGACCGCUGCAACAUCAUCUCGUGCGCCACGCUGGCCGAGAUCCAGCACUUUCACCGCACGCGUGUACGAGACUUCCGAGCGCAGAUGCAGCACCACCUCAGGCAGCAGAUUGGCUUCUUCCAGAAAAUCACAUCCAAGCUGGAGGACGCGCUCCAGAGGUAUGACAGCGAGCAGUAGGAUAUGAAAAGAAUUUGGGAGUGGAAGGGGGAAAAAAACGCUUAAGUUGUAAUAGACUGAAGAACAGACGAAUGACUGAUAAGUUGCAGUGUUGGAGUCCGUAUCCUCAAAAUACAUUAAGGGCUUGAAAUCAUGAGUCCUGGACCAUAAUGAAAAACAAAUAUGACUGUGGACAUGUGAGGAA